ACAAAAUGGCUGCGCCCAUGAAAAUGGAAAGUAGUCUUCAGUCAAAAACCAGGAUGAAGGCAACAUUGAAAACAAUAGAGCUUAAACCCAAUGACCACCCCUUGCACCUUUCUAUUUCUAGAAAGGACGCCGAUGAAAUUAAUAUUCCAAGCGAAGAUGGUAGGGCUUAUUUGUCAUUUUGGACAAAUACUAAAUUUUGCAAUGACUCCCCAACCAAGGCCCGCCCACCUGGCUGUGGUAGCAUCUUUCAGAGAAUGUUAUCAAACAGUCAGAACUUUCCAGAGAUACUUAAUCCCGAGGGCGAGGACUCUGAUGUCGAUGAGAAGGAAAUGUUUAUUCAGGGUGAAGACGUACAAGUGUUUGUUCUUGUUCAAGUGAAAGAAGAUUUGUCAAGCAGAGAUGAUUAUGGUGGAAUUGAUCUUGUCUGUGGUCCAGACUUUAAGUCACAUUACAAUAUAACAUCAGAAAAUAUCUAUGUGAGGCUUGUUCAAACAUACCCUGUUACCAAUGUUGUUAUUGGAGUAAGCAGUCAUGAAACAUACCAGUGGCUGACAAAAAAAGAGUUUUGCAAGUGUUUAUUUAAAAUGGUCUGUGACUGUCCAGUUCUAGUAAGAGUGAAGGACAUUUUUCUGGCACCAUAUGGAUCAUUCUUGGAUGAUCCAGAUUUCAAAAGAUCUUACUAUAAUGACAUGUACAUGCUUGAGUGUUCUCCUGUAAAGCAGGGUUUGAUUACACCCAAAACAGAGGUCAUAAUAACAUACAUGGGAGAUCUCGCAGCAGAAAGGGAGAGGUUUCAGGAGAAGAUGAAGGAUCUUGCUAAACCUGGAAAAGCUAGGAAACAGAUAUCUGGACCAUUUAAAGAUAGUUUUAUGUCUGACUUCAGUAGAGUGCUGAACACUAACUAUCUUUCUCCAGAACCUGCCUCAGAAGACACUUUUGAAGAUGAUGAUGCACCUUCAACAAUAUCUAAAAAAGCUCCCAUAGCAUUUAAAGCAAAGGUAGAUGAAAUGAAAAAAAGAAUAUGUAAACAGUCAGAAACUGUUGGAACGUUUGACUAUGAAGUUGUGUCACAACAGCAAGUCUUCAGGAGAAUGCUAUGGAGAGAUUCAACAAAACAAAACUUUGAUCCGAUGUAUUUUGUAGGAAUGUCAAGAAAGCUUAUGUUAAAACUUGGCUUGUUUGAUAGUAGCUAUGUUCUGAUCUCACCUGAGUACUCAGACAACAUUGUAGAUGAUGACUUAAUCACAGAGAGAUUGUGCAUGGUACGAUGUCUUGGAAAAGAAUAUGACAAAUCUGUAAAGCUGUAUAUUACACCACUUUGCCAAUUCAAUAUGCAGAGGAUGCCUCCAAUAUCUCUCCCUGGUCAGCUGAAGGUGACUAGAUAUGACUUAGAAGGACCUGACGUGAAUGUCACAACAAAGAGCAAAUCGUGGCACAUCAGUCCUCCGGUAGCUGUAGAAGUCAGCAUUUCCAUUAUCCCCUCCCCAAACUACAGCCCUCGGGCACCACACGAUGAGGCCCUGAAACACUACUUUACAACUAGAAGAGUUGUUGUCAAAGGUGACGUUCUGGCUAUCCACAGUUCAGAUGACCCUCAUUUCUGGCAGAACACGGGAGAUGACACGGAGAAUCGGUUCCCAUGCAUCUACUUCAAGGUUGUUGGAAUACGGGGCCAGGAGACACAUCACCGUAACUUUGUGAUGGACACCACGAGCACAAGACUUAAACAGAUAGGCACAGAGCACAGUUAUGUGCCAGCUCUGCUGCAGACCUACCUUAGUCCAAGCCCCCAGAGUUUCUGGGAUCAAGACCACCUCUCUGGACUUGACAGCCUUAUGGGACAACUGGAGAAAUUCAUACUGCCACACAUUACUGCCAAGUCGGACACCCGGAUGUUGAAAUCCGUUCCCCCAUCCGUUCUUGUGGCUGGACCUGUGGGUAGUGGGAAAACCUCUCUGAUUGUUGCAGUGGCCAGAAAACUUGGAGUCCAUGCUUUCAAGGUGAACUGUCACAUGAUGGUUGGUGAUUCAGCUGGAGCUACUGAGGCUAGGAUGAAAAACGCCUUUAAUGCAGCUGGCCUGUAUUCCCCGUGUAUCCUGUUGUUACAGAGUAUCCACGCCAUGGGACGUGACAGGGACGGAAACACUGAAGAUCCGAGGGUAGCCAACAGUUUUCUGUCAAACGUUCUACAGUUGAAAAACGACCUUCAGGAGUUACCCGUGGUUGUCGUGGCAACAUGUCACUCUGUCUCUGACCUCACUAAUGACAUGCAAGAUUGCUUCCUUCACCAAGUGAAAAUUGAUGUACCCACAGAGCAUGAGCGCUGUGAGAUCAUUGAUGCCCUGUUACAACCCAUAAACAGUAGUGGCAACAUCUCCAUAUCCUACAUCGCCCAGAGGACCGCUGGAUUUGUCCUAGGUGACCUGGCAGCUUUAGUGGCUCAUGCCAAGAGGGAGGCCUUCAAAAGGAUUGUCAGGCUAUGUUGUUCUGGCAAGAAGCGGCCAACCCUGCAGGAGGAGGAAGACCUGCUUGCGGCAGGAGUGAUUGUACAGCAGGCUGAUUUCCAUACCGCCCUAGACCAGCUGCAGGCCGCACAUUCGGACGCCAUUGGGGCACCAAAGAUACCAAAUGUGUCGUGGGAGGAUGUCGGAGGACUGAUAGAAGUGAAGAGAGAAAUCCUAGACACCAUUCAAUUGCCUCUACAGUACCCAGAGUUGCUAGCUGCUGGCCUCAGGAGAUCAGGUGUUCUACUGUACGGACCACCAGGCACGGGAAAAACACUGCUGGCCAAAGCUGUGGCCACUGAAUGUUCGCUGAACUUCCUCAGUGUGAAGGGACCAGAACUGAUCAACAUGUACGUUGGACAGAGUGAACAAAAUAUCCGGGAGGUUUUCAAACGUGCUCGAAGUGCGACCCCCUGUGUAAUAUUCUUUGAUGAGCUGGACUCUCUGGCCCCAAACAGGGGCAAGAGUGGGGACUCUGGGGGUGUCAUGGACAGAGUUGUAUCACAGCUGCUGGCAGAGCUUGACGGUCUCAACAAAGCGUGUGACGUCUUUGUGAUUGGGGCCACCAAUCGACCGGAUCUGAUAGAUCCCGCUUUGUUACGACCAGGACGGUUUGACAAGAUGCUGUACCUGGGGGUGUGUGAGGACCACCAAUCACAGUGCAGGAUACUCACAGCACUCACCAGGAAGUUCCACCUAGAGAAGGACUUUAACAUGGAGCGUUUCACAGAUAAAUGUCCGCUGAUACUGACAGGGGCAGACUUCUAUGCCCUGGCUUCUGAUGCCAUGUUAAAUGCCCUGAAGAGACAAAUAGAGCUGAUAGACAAAGGGGAGCCGACUGGUGACUAUGUUGAAGUAACAGAGGAAGAUUUUGAGCAGGCCCUGUUGAGCUUGUCACCGUCCGUGUCAGAAUCUGAACUGCGUAGGUAUCACACCAUACAGGAGCAGUUCAAGAUCAAUGGGACCAUAGAAAAUGGGGGAAAUAGGGGUCUACAGGAUGUAGCGGAUGAUGGUGGGGAUGAUUGGGGUCAUGGGGAAAUCAAGGGAGGAAAUAGGGGUUUGGAGGACAUUAUUGGGGAAAACAGUGGUCUAGAGGACAUCAAUGAAGGAAAUGGUGAUUCAGAGGACAUACAGGGUAAUAUCGAUAGGCUGGAGGAAAUUGUUGAUAAAUACACAAGUGGCGAAACUUAGGACUACAUUGUGAACAUUUUAGAAAAAUAGUGUGGAUGAAAACUGAGUGUCAUAGAAAAAAGUUUGACUGGAUUUUUAACCUAUAUUAUGACUUAAAAUGUACAAUUAUGCUUUGAUAAAGCUCUUUUUCAUAAAGUUUUUGUUAUCAACUUAAUAGUGAUACAUUAUUGAUUGAUUGAUUCUCAUUUCAUGUGAAUAUCAGCAAGAAUGCUAACAAUUAAAGAUGUCUGUUGUUAUAUUCUCAUCAACCUUGCACAAAUCAUAUGUCAAAAUAUCACUAUCUUAGUCAUCAUUAUGUAAUUUAUGGUUGUACAAGAAAUGACUGAAACAAUGUCAGGAGUUCUUAAAGGUUUAUUUACCUUAACUUUUGUAAAGAUUUAAUUUGAACUAAAGUUGUACACAAUGCCAAAUUUGCUUGUUUAAGUGCCAUUUUUAUUAGCUCGUCCGAUUUUCAAAGAAUUUAGAAACAAAAUCGAGAUAUUGUCCAAGUCAUGGUGUCAUUGUUGUUGGUGUGAAAAAACUUGAAUCUUGGCCAUAGCUUGAAUGCUGUUUAAGAUAUUCCAUUGAAACUUGGUACAACUGUUGAGAGGGACAAAAUGCACAUAUACAGCAUGGCCCAUAACUCUGGCUUAAUUAAGCCAGGUCAUCUUGCCCCUUGACAAUUUGAAAGAGUCAGGUAAAAACUAACUUUGCCAAAAUGGUGCUUAAUAACUAUUUAAGAUAAGUACAUAAAACUUACACAUUACUAGUGUCAAUGUGCACAUUUGUAGAAAGGCUCAAAUCUUAAACAGUUUUUUGUCUUGAACCAUAUCAAGGUAAUGAUUGAUCAGGUUAUGUUCAACCUUGGACAAAAUUUUACCCUUGCUGAAAUCUCAACACAUUACAAAAGUGGUUCACAUUCAAAAACUAGGUCACUAUGUCAAAUAUUACAAAAAAAUAUUGUGAACAUAAUAGGGGCAAUAUAUCUGGUCCUAAAUUUUCGAAACUAAAUCAAAAUGUUCUCCGUGAUGAAAUCAUUGACUAGACCCAAACUGGGUAACACGAGGCCAGAAUCUAGGUCAUAAGGUCAAAUCUUUGAAAAAUCAUGUCCAGAACCAAAUAUUGGUAUUGAUGGAUCAAACUUAACUUUGUUCAAACUGUGGUCAAAAUGACCCCAAUGAUGUAAUCUUGGUAUGCUUUAAAAGUGGGUCAUAUGUGGUCAAAGACUUGGUCAUUAGGUCAAAUAUAAAUGCUGCACUAAAUACAAUAUUCUUUUAAUUCAAACAGUUGCAAACAAACUCAUAUCAAAUGUCCAUAUGAGUCCAUCACUCUGCAACCAUAUUGCACGUUUCAGUUGGAAUAUUUCACCAGCACCUGAAUUACAUGCCUUCUACUUAACCUCGUCUGGCGGGGCAUAUCAGUUCAACAAAUUUAUUUGUUGUAUAUUAAUAUCACUAAAAGUUGUAGAAGUCAUAUUUAAGGAGUGGCUACGAAGCAAAAUAAUUUUUUUGCAUUCACAAAACAGUGAAAAAAUCAAUUGUAAUUCUCACUGUUUGUAAAAUUGAAUGUGACUACUUUCAUGUAUAUUUCAAAGAUAUUUAUCUAUAAACCUCCAGAAAGCAUACUUCAUUUAUUUACUUUUUUAUUUUGCUUUAUUUUGCUUAUAUAAGGCUUUUCAUUUAGUGUUGAAUCAAGUGUCUGAUGUCUGUGAUAUUGUUGAAAAUGUAUGCAUUUUAUUGUAUGUACCCUUUUCAUGCUGUAUAAUAAUCUGUGCUAUUUACGAUUAUUUGGAAAAAUAAAACCUUGCUUACAUA